AUGAGUGUUGUGGUGCAGCAUGUGGAGGAGAAAGCUGUUCAUUCUUGGUCGCGCAUCUCCACGGCAGGGAAGAAGGCCCUGGAGGAGGCGCUGCUUGUCUUUAACCCGAUGAGCCAAGAUCUCAGUGCUACAGAGGCCCAGCUAGUAGCCUUCCUACAGGGCUUGCGCGAUGAUGGCUUCCAACCUACUGUCCUGCGUAGUGGUGAUGUCUAUGGCUACAGUUCAUGUACAGCCAGCCCGCCAAGCCAGACAAAGCUGCAAGCUCGUGCUCCAACCCCAGCUGCAGCAUCACCUCCAGCUAGUGCUCCCCGAACUGCCAUGCGGCUGCCCGCUGGCCGGGCCACACUACUACCCAUGCCACUUUCUGGCAGGCUGGCCAAAGCAUCCACACCUACCCUUGCCAAGCAUGCUACAACUAAUCUAUUGCUGAAUUCCCUAAAGCAGUCAAGUGCAAGCCGAGCCCGGGGUACAGCAAUGGGCUUCCCUGCUCAUCUCUACCCAGGUGUCUACCCUGCCAUGCGGCUCUCUGUUGUCCUCGAGGCCCUGGUUCCACUCAAGACUCCCAUGCCCUGCUUGGGUGCCAAGCAGAAGGCACAGUCAUUGCAACUCUCACUUGCAGACUCUCCCUUAAAGCUGCGGAAGGGCCCAGGGAAAGGUGCGGGGAACCCUCUUCCCAAGGCUCCUAGAAAAAUAACAAGCAAGGGCCCCAAAUGCCUGCCUAUUAAAGGCCCCAAGGCUGGACCUCGACGAGGAACUGGUUCCCAGAGUAAGACUUGCAAAGCAUCUGGGUCACUCACCGGCCUUAGGGUGAAAGGGGUCUCUUUGGGCAACAAAACAACACAGAGCAAGGUGGCCAAGGCCCAGGUCAAAGCCAAAGUGGCACAGGCCAAGGCCAAGGCAACACAGAUCAAGGCCAAGGCAGCACAGUUCAAGGCGAAGGAGGCACGAAUCAAGGCUAAGGUGGCACGAAUCAAAGCCAAAGUGGUGCAGGCCAAGGCCAAAGCAGUUCGAGCCAAGGCCAAAGUGACUCAGACCAAGCCUAGGGACAGAGGCAAGCCCAAGAUAUCUCUUCAGCCUCUGACUGCAAGGAGGGGACCAAAAAGCCCCCUUGAGACUGUGGGACAGAAACGAAAAAGGGCUAAGGGUUCAAAGGAGCUUCCUCCUCAGAAGAGAACACGGCUUGGAGCCCAGUCCCCUAAGGCAGGUCUAGGGCCUAGCACAGCAAAGCUGCUCAAAUUUCGGGCUAUCAAGGUGGACCAGUGGUCCUCGGACGAUGAGAUGCGGCAGCGAGCUCAGCAGAUCCUCCAUGUGAAUCUGUCUCCGGUGAUACAACUCCAACCACUACUACCAAACUUGGCACCCUGA